AUGUCAUGUGUCACGCCGACAAUUGGAGAACACCUUGGGACAAACUUGGACAGGCCUAUCUUGAAGCUUGUGGAUGAUACUUUGUUACUGAGCAUAUCUGGCUUUUGGAAUGCACUACUUUAUCGCCCUCAGGGGCUCAAGUCUUACAAUAUUAUCGCGCCUGACACAUCUAGCGCUGACAGGAUACAGAUGAGUUGCUUUCCGGGAAUGCACGAAAAACAGGGCGUAAAGAACCACGGAAGCUGUGCCACGAACAUUGCCGAAGUCAUGAAAGAGCACGGCAUGAACCCGUGCCUAGAAGUUACUGAUCCGUUCAAUCUCUUCCAAAAUACACCAAACGUGAGACUCGAGCCUAUCCUUGGAAGUCUUGGUAGCUCCAAGCCAGGUGAUUACGUGGAUUUCCUUACGAUGGAGGACGCCAUCUGCGCUGCUCCGUGCCGUCCCUACGAUCCUCACGGCUUUAACGGUGGCAAAAUUACAGAUGUUGCUCUGGUGACAAGGCAUCUAGGCAGUCUGCCAUGGUUUCGUUCAUUGGCAGAUGAGUUGUCGACCAUGGUUCCAGCCACCGGCAUUUUUUAUCAUCACAUCUGCACUUCGCUGCUGCCAAUGCGAGCGUAUGAGGUGCAGCAGGGCUAUGCUCAAUUGUCUAUACAUUCGAUGAGCUGCCCGAGCAAUUAUCAGAGCCAGCUUGCGAACAAGGCCGCUAAUUCUCACCCCGGUCCGCCUUUGGCUGCAAGUAUCACGAUGAAGGAAAGAGAUUCCAAAAUACCCUUCGCUCUCUUUACGAACUGCCGGCAUCAAUUGACACAUAUACCGAGGCGGCAGACCGGAUGA